CGAUUCUUCCCCAAAUUCACAGAUCCUAUGAGCACUGUCAACCCUCCCCCAUAACCAUUCAAUCACCGUUCCACGCUCCUUCCCUCACACCACACCCCCCACUUCCCAACAUGCUAACCAUGUUGUCCCCCCUCCUCCUCUUUGCCAUCCUUACCCAUCACACCCAAGCUCGGCUCUCACCAGAGAUCGAUCAUCUCUUGCUCCGAGCUGGUAGACCUCGUAUAGGUCUUUGGCAAGCUUUGAGUAGACAAGAACAGAAAUAUCCUUCAGUCUUGACCUCAAGAUCCUCAGAUGGUGACACUGGGGACUUGAAACGUGAGACUCAGGUUUCGUUCGGGGUACAAUUGACCCACUACAAAGCUUAUUGCUUCACACAACCCGUCUCUCAUUUCGACGAUACCAUCACCGAUACCUUUUGUCAAAGGUAUUGGAUAGACGCUAGCUCGUAUGAAGAGGGAGGUCCCGUGUUCGUUCUCGAUGGAGGAGAGACGAGUGGGGAAGAUAGACUUCCAUUCCUGAAACAAGGUAUUUUGCAGAUAUUAUCUAACGCUACCAAUGGUCUAAGUAUCGUUCUGGAGCAUCGAUAUUAUGGCGAAUCUCAACCUGUAUCUUCAUUAACAACGGAUAAUCUUCGAUUUCUGAAUAACGAAGAAGCCCUGGAAGAUUCCGCAGAGUUCAUCAGAAAUUUCAGAAUCCCUUCUGAUGUGCUUAAGCUAUCAGAUGAAGGGAUCUUGCAGCCCGAUAGAACUCCAUGGAUCUACUACGGUGGUUCUUAUGCCGGAGCCAGGGCUGCUCAUAUGCGUGUUGGUUAUCCUGAUAUCGUCUAUGGGGCCAUCGGGUCAAGUGCCGUCACCCACGCUCAGGUCGACUUUCAUCAAUACUACGACCCCAUCAAGCAUUACGCCUCGUCCGAUUGUAUAGCUGCUGUCCGAUCUUCAAUCAAGAUCAUCGACCAGCUGUUGUAUUAUCCAGAACCAGUACCUACGGAUCUGAAGGCUAUGUUUGGGUUGGACCUACUGGGAGAUGCCGCUGACUUUGCGGAUGUCUUGCAGAGUCCACUUGGUAAUUGGCAGUCGCAGAAUUGGGACCCUACGGUGGGAUCUGACGAGUUUCAGCAGUUUUGCGAUGCUUUGUUGUCAAAUGAGACCGGGGUCUGGUUUGAUUCCAUUUAUAUACCCUCCACAGUGGUCAACUAUGGCAAAUACAUCAACGACAGUGUGGUCUCGCAAUGUCCUCGCGACACUGGUGAUCCCGCGACGGACCUUGAAAAUUGCUUCGGUACCCAGAACGACGCCCAGUUUCAAGUCUACACACUUGAUCAGACAUGGAGAUUGUGGUUAUUCCAAGUUUGCACGCAAUGGGGUUAUUUCAUGCCUGCUCCAGCAGAGGGCGCGUCCAUUGUUUCUGAGCUAUUGACUCUGGAGUAUACCUCAAAGAUCUGCCAUCAGGCGUUCCCACCUGGGGAUCACUAUCAAGUACCACAAUGGCCCGAUGUGGAGUCUGUCAACCGUAGAGGAGAUUAUGGGAUACGUGCGGAUAGACUGGCAUUCAUCGAUGGUGAUCGAGAUCCUUGGCGUCCAGUGACACCUCAAAGUGACUCUGCACCCAGUCGCGUGUCGACGGUGAACGAGCCCCGACAAAUAAUUUACAACGCGGUCCAUCACUACGAUGAGAACGGCCUGAGUGACCAUUCUCUUGAACCCAAGGAAAUCAAAGAGGUGCACGCGUAUGAAGUUGAUUUUGUCAAACAAUGGGUGGAAGAUUGGAAAGCUAUGCAUGUACGUUAGGGGUAUGUAUGAUACGGUCUGGAUCGUCUGUUCGUCGGUACAUGUCAUUGUUUAGAUGAUCUAAACUAUAGGUUCAUGGGUCAUGGGUUUAUAAUAUCAUGUGGACAGUAAAGGAUAGUAGUGACUUUUGAAUCAGUGAAGUGAUCAUGCAUGGAUCGAUCGAUAAG